AUGGCCGAGACUUGUAUAGUCUGCCUCGGCGACCUCGUCCUCCAAGACGAUGGGCACCUCACCGCCACCGACGCCUCGCUUGCGACCACUGAUGGGGCUGAUAGCGAGCGUCAUCCCAGCAAGCUUCAAAGAAUCCUAUCCACGCCUCGCGAGGCAACACCAAAAGACGAAGAACUGGUUGCGCACCUGCUGCCUUGUGGACACAACCUACACAAUGAUUGUUUGAAACCGUGGGUGGAGCGGGCGAACAGUUGCCCUAUAUGCCGGGCCAACUUUAACAUGGUGGAGCUCAGCGCACGGAUUGGAGGACCGAUUCUCUCUUCCUACGCCGUCCAAGAUAAGCAGCAGGUCGCCGAGGUCGAUCCGUCUAUGAUAAUUGAGGAGGACUAUAUCCUGGAGGACGAUGGAAGCUACGACGCUUGCAUGGUGUGCGAUGAGUUUGGAGAUUCCUCGCAGCUCAUGUACUGCCACAGCUGUGAGCAGCUCUGCCACGUCUUCUGUGCAGGUCUUGACAAGAUGCCGACGCGCGGCGCCUGGUACUGUCAAGGGUGCAUCGAGAAUCCUGCCUUGUUGGAGGCUUCCUCACGACGCCCUACACCUCGCGGUCCUGCAGCUUAUGUCAACGGACGAAGCCGAAUACCUCAUCGGAAUCGGGCCCCGGAUGAAUGGGUCGGCGUUUGGCAGAGUGUAUGGGACCGCCUCCACUUUGAUAUCGAGUUCCCUUUUGAGGAUGAGGAUCAAUCCGAAACCAGAUCGGAGAUCCAACGACGCGAGAACCAAGAGUGGGAGCGUCGAUUCGAACUCGCCCGUCAGUUGGGCGCAGGCACCCGAUUUCGUGCUGCCGCCGACAACAUCCAUGCCCAUCGCGCGGGUGCCGGCAACCGUCACCGCCCUGUUAAUCGUACGCUUCACCGAGAGGCUCCCAAGACACCCAAGGAUCCGGAAUCGCAAGAGGAGUUGAGGGCAUGGAACGCUUUCGAAAAGGCCCGUGAGCAGGUUGCUGAGAUGGAAGGCCGCCCGCCGCCAGGUAACAUUGGCAGCAGCAGCCGUGGACGCAAGCGGAAGUCUGUGGAUACUUCGCCCACCGAAACUGAGCCACGAGAGCCCCCGGAACCAGAGCGAAAGCUGAAGCGCCCUCGCACCCGUCUGAACGUGGAGACGGGUGCAGAGCCAUCCACUGCUGCCGCCGCUCGUCGCAACACUGUCAUCAACAAUACCUCGCCGCCGAAUGGUGUCAACAACGGUGGGGAUCCAUCUACUGCACCUGGAUUCCUCCAAUCGCUUCUCCAAGAAGUUGAAGUGGACCCUUUCGCUGAGCAUGAGAAGGAGAUUGCUGCACCUCAACCAAAGCGCGUUAUCAUCGAGCGCGCUUGCUCACCCCAGAACUCUUCGCCUGGUCUUUCUCCUGUCUACCCGACGCCGCAUGGUAUGACCACACCACCGCCGCUGAAUAUCGCACGUACGGAGUCGCCAGCACAGCAAGAUCAGCAGCUGUCUCCUACCUACUCGCCCUACUCUCCCGUGGACGACGAUGCUCGCCCGGGUCGCAAGAAACUACCCCACCGCCAGCGCUCUGCUGGGUUGAACAGCCCACCACGUUCGAAGGACUCGUCGCCAACCCGCUCGUCGUCUCUCUCGUACUCGACAAAAGCAGAAUUGCAACGUAUGGUUACCCUUGUGCUCAAGCCCUUCUAUAUCAAAAAGGAAAUCACGAAAGACGAAUAUACAGAUAUCAACAGGGACGUAUCGCGACUAUUAUACGAUAGGGUGGGAGACGCCGGCGCGGAAGCUCUGGCUAACCAGGAGACGAGGGAGAAAUGGCAGAAGAUGGCCAGCGACGAGGUCGACGGCGCCGUCAAGGGUCUGCGGGCUAAUGGACCAGCCGCCCACUCACCUACUGCUACCGCCGAGGAUUCUUCUUCGUCUUCUUGA